AUGAAGAAGACAAAUUUCAGUGAAAAAAUGAACUCCUUCUUGGAGAGGAAAAAAAAGAGGGAGGAAAAUUUAUCCGCCCAGGAGGAAAAAAAAAAAAAAUAUUUCGAUAAAAGUAAUUUUACAGAACAGCGGAAUGAUGAAUUGGCAAAAAAUUAUUUGAACGUAAUUGCAGGGGGGAAAGUGCCACACCGGACUGACAACAUUGCACAUGUUAUGAAAUAUGUAGAAGCACAUGCGGAGGGCACCAUUGGAGGAACCCUAGACGAGGGAAACGAAUCAAGUGAACAGUACAACCAGGAAAAUGGGAGGGAGACACAACGGAGGGACAGUAGGACCAGAUAUAAUCACGCAAUAAAUACAGUGAACAUCCAAGGGAACAACCAAACUGAGCCAACAAUCAGAAAAGAAAGCUCAGUACUAAAUGAGAGACACACGAAUGAACACUCCCUCCACAACGCCAUCAACAACCCAAUGGAAAAAAUGAAGAAGCUACGGAUAAAAAGCACGCACAGAUAUUUGAGCAAGGCAGAAGACGAUUCUUAUAGACUGAUAAAGAACUACCACAGAGAGGUCGACAACUGCAUAGAGGAAAUAAAAAGCGAAACGUUUUUAAAGGCGAAUUUGCUGAAGAGCGAAAUGGAGAGCAUACUGACCCAGGUGGAAAGACUCACACAAGAAGCACUUGACUUAAAGUGGGAUACGGGGGAUUCAUCUCCAAGCGAAAAAAACUCACAAGAAAAGAUGAAAAAUAACCACUUCUAUGUUACAUACUACACAAUUUUAAUGGAGUUGGAAGUUUGUGAAAAGUUUAUCCCAUCUAGUGACAACGCAGUGGAUGGCCCCCAAAUGAACAGCACAUUCAUCACAAAGAAUUGGACAGAAAAUACAAAAAACUGCAUACUAAAUGAGGUAAAAAAAAAGGUAGACAAAAAAAGAGAAGACAUGAAGGACAAAUGGGAAUGCGUACAAAAUUUAUUUACCAAUUUGAAUGAAAAAAUAAAAAAAUUUAUUUGCCAUUUUGAGAGAAAACACGAAAUGGUCAUAAAAGGAAUGAGUGAAAGCACUAACCGUCUGGAGGAGAAAAUGAGAGAAAAAAUAUUCUUUAGCACAGAGGAAGCUUCGCAAAUUAUUAGUACCGAAAUGGAAAGGGGAAAACAAUUUUUUCUCGACUUUCUCACUCACUUUAAUGAUUACAUAACGAAGACGUAUAAUUAUGUUUAUGAGAAAUAUCACCGGUGUGAAUAUGUUUUUCUGCGCGAAGUCCUUCACGAGCACAGAUAUCCAGACGUCUGCUGUGUCUACUCCGCCAUUUCGCAAAAUUACCUGAAGAAUUUACCCACGGAUAAAGUUCUUAAGCGGAUAAUUGCUAUGCUGGAAGAUAAUUACCAUGGUGUGUACGCCAGAAGGGUUGGUUUCCCGCCUGACCAGUUCUUCACCGGAUUCUUAACCCCACAGGGGGAAGUACAGCAAGAAGUAAAUCGCGAAGCAGCGAACCAACACCAACAAUACAGCGAUGACUUCUACCAGAAUGCGAACCAACACUAUGAGGAGUACCUCAAAAGGUACGAGGAGAUAAAGACAGAAAUGGUCCUCUACAGGGAGGUCAUCCUGCACACGUUCUUCCAUUUGGACAACUUUGCAACUGCCGUCGGGAGGGGAAGAGGAGCACCAUCGGAAGGAACGGGGGUGUCCACGUCUGCAGUGACAACUGGAGGAAGGCCGCCUUGGAGAGUGGCCUCCAAAAAGGCUCCCCGAAUGUUUUACCCAAAAUGGAUCAAAAAGGCGCAGGGUUCUGGAAAGGAGAACCAGGCAGACACUACCCCAGGGGGGGCCAACUUGUCCCCAAAACGGAAUAUACAGGGAGAAGUAAAAAGGGAAGACCAUCCAGAGGACGAACCAACUAUAGGGGAGAACCAAAAAGAAGACAACCUCCCUGAGGUUAACCUCAUGGAAGAUGACCCAAAUGGAGUAACCGCCAAAAAUGAUGAACACACUCACGAAAUAAUCCUCUCACAAAUUUGCAAAAACAAAAAUAUUUUCAAAAAAUUCAUAAACAACAUUCUGUCUCAUUAUAACAUGCUAAACUUGCGAGACGAUUAUUUCCUACUCUCCUUCUUCUCCAUUUUGGAGACGUUAAAAAGUGACAUCCUUCUGAUGAGCUCCCACGUGGAAAAUAAAAUAAAUGAAUCUGUCCAACGGUGCAGUGAGCAGAAUCGUGUGUCCCUUUGCAGCAUUGACUCACUCCUGAGGGAUUAUAACUCCGUUGUGAAGAAGUGCCUGCAGUGUAAGGACCACUUGGCUAUGAACAAGCUCCUAACCAUUAAGGACGAAGCGAGGAAAAAACUGGAAAGCUAUGUAAAACGUGCGGAAGAGGAAGCUCGUACCAUUAAUGAGAUGCUCAUCGCCCAGUCGAAACGUCUCUGGGGGAAUUUCUUCUUCGCCACUUUGAGGAAAGCAAAAGUGAUAAGUGCAGAGGGGGAGGCGCUGUCUCUUCGGAGGGAUAACGAUGGAUCCCGCAUAAAUGACACUAUAGGUGAGGGAAAGCACAUUAAUAUAAAGGGAAAAGAAAAAAUCAACACGGAUGACAAUGAGAGGAACAUAAUCAGACAGCUAGUCGGGCCCAAACAUACCUACACGUACGACGCAGAAAACAUUUGGUACCACACGUAUAUCAGUUAUAGGGGCAACAUGAUGGGGUUACUACGUCCUGGUAGGGAUAUUGGCGCUGGUCUCGAAAGGAGCGUCAAAGGGAAAACUCCACCUUGCAGAGAAACAGGAAAAAAGACCUCCCACGCAGCGCAGAAAAAGGAAAACACAAUAAAGACAAACAUAGCACAGAUUAGAAGGGACUACAUUCAGCAAAUGGGGGAAGCGAAAAGGGGAAACUACUCCGACCAGGGGGUUAAUCCUGAUGGGGCAACCCAUUCACUGCCUGAACACCCCAAGUUAUCACCACCCGAUGAACUGCUCUUCAACGAGGACCUCCUAAAACAGCUCUUCCAAAGUUUUACCUGCAGCUACUACGAGCGUUUCAAGGAAAUUCUCUUUGAACACCUACUAAAGGCAAAAAUGAGGUCCGAAAGGGAAUCCAAAAGAUGCACCCAACAAAUAAAUGCGGAAAACAUGGAACAACAGUUCCAAAUAGAUGAAGAAAAAAUCAAAGAGGUAGCCAUCAAACUGGAGGAGAAAUUUAAAGCGAAUAAAAAAACCUUUGACAACGCUUCCAAAAAAUUGUCCCAACUGGUGAAGGAAUAUGAACAGGUGACAGAUGAAAAGUGGCAAGAUUACGAAGACUUUAAAAAAAACAUGUGUCUGAUGGAGAAACUUCUCCAAGAAAAAACAAACGACCACGACCACAACAACGACUAUGACAAGUUUACCAGCAGGUACAACCAACUGGUGGAAGCAUUCAAAGCUAGCUUCAAGUCACUAAGGGAAAAGUUACUAUGUGGUGAGAAAAAAAUAAAAACAGAAAUAAAAAAAGUAGAGACGUACUGCACCAUGCUCAUUAGGACUAGCCAAACAAACAUCGACUUAGAUAAAAUUGAAGCAUUUUUGCAGAACGCAACUCAUCUUCUUCUUUCCAUUGGGAAGAAGAGACAAGACGUCGAAAAUCUGUUCGAUGCGAAUGAGUAUAUCUUUAGGAACAAAUUUAAGGCCAUCUCGUCCAGGAGCGCAAACAGGGGGAACCAACCUGGACCAGUGCCACCUCCGCAAGACAGACAAAUGAUUGACUAUCUCAUCACAAAGGAGGAAAUAAAAAAUAAUCUCCUCAUUUUUUAUCUCCUAAUUUAUCAGAUCAGGGUGUGCAUUGGUCAAUACAACGGACAAAGUAGGGGGAUGCCAUAUCCCGGGGAGAGCAAGUAUAAGAACCCAGCAUACACAUCUAGGGCCUCCCUCAAGGUGGAUAGGUCGCCCAGGGAUGCACAGAGUGGUAAAGGACUAUCCAGCGCAUCAAACCCCGUUAGCCUUGUUAGCGUUGCGAAUGCGGCCAACGCGAUACCCCCGCAGACCCACCAGAUAAACCUCCAGGACAAAUUCACCCACGUGCAGAACUGCAUCUAUGAAAUUGGAACAUUCCGAAAAAUAGAAAAAAGAUACGAGCUAGACCUAACACGGGAGGACUCCAUUGUUAGUAACUUUUUUCUCUCUCGCAUGAUAGGCCCGCAUCUGUCCCGCUUGGUUUUCUCCAAAGCAACCGGUGUGCAGGAGAGUCCAGAUGACUACCUCACCUUUGGCCUCUUUGAUAAGGAGGGGGGACCCAAAGGGGGGAAAGAACAACAGGCCCAGGAUGGGUCUUCAUGCGAAACGGUUCCAUCGAAGAUGUGCACCCCUAAAUCCGACACAAAGACGAACGACACCGACACACAAAGAAUCACACCCAGUGGGGUGAAGGUAAAAAGGAGCGGAAAGGGGGCCUCCGAAGGGGGAACGAAAAAGCAUACUCCAAUCAACAAGGAGGCAAUCCCACAGGAACGGAAUAUAGACAAGAAAAAUGAACCAAACUUUGCUAUGGAUGAAAUUUUCCGAAGGGAAUACCUCGACGUGAAGUUCUUUCUCUACACAUGUGUGUACAUUAUCCACCUAAUAAGUAAUGUAGUGCAAACAACUCCAUCCAAGGAUUCCCCCAAGGACAAACAACCCCAAUACAAUCACUUGCUAUUCAUCUCCUACGACCUUUCACAUGCCAUAUAUAAGAACAAUCUACUGACGGACAAUUUAAGCAGCAAGAAAAUCCCGCUGACUGACCUUAUGGUAAACAAGAAGGCCAUGUCUUCUUUUGUAUUAUGUCCCGAUCGUGUGUUACGCAAAACGGAGCUGAUUCACUUGUUCAAAUUUGAAAAGGAGAUCGUGUCGGAACUGUUCGAGAGGAAUUUUGCUCAACUUCGCGGUCUGCAUUCGGUUACUGGAAAUGACGUACAUAUUGGGAAGAUACACAGCGAGUACUCGGACGACAUCUCCACCCUGGCCACUUACCUGAAAGUCCUUUUAAAGAAAUCCGCCUACUUCACUUUCCGCUGUGUCUAUAAGCGCCACGAGUCGCUGUGCAUAAACCUCAGCGAUAUUAUCCCUCCAAUGGGCGUCACCCAUUUUAGCAAAAACGCCGCCUCAACACAGCUGAAACGAUAUGUCAUUCCACCCCACAGCGAACGAAUAAACACCAUGCAAAAUAACCUGCUGCAAAAAUUUAAAGAAUUGAACGAAAAGCUCAAAGUUACAGACAUAGUAGACGACACAACUAGCCACGUCACAAAGAGGAAAGAAGCCAUAAAGUCCCUAUUCCAUUCAUACGUUUCAGCGAUAAGAGCCAUUUUAACAAACCAUCUGAGCUACCUGCACGACAAUCUGUGCAACAAUGCCAUUUUCUUUGUUCAUGUGUUAAGUCUCUUGCCCGCUGGUUCUUCCCCAAGUGGAAGCACCCCCCCCGGUGGAGACCCUCCCCCAGAGAAGGCCAGCGCAAAAGUCGCGGGAAACGUGGCCUUUUUAAAAAUUCACCACGUGGACACGUCCGCUGAAUACGACCUGAGCGACAUCGUCAAAAAGAUCGACAAGGCGUACGGCCCCACGGGCGACCAAAAACAAGCGGAUAGCGGAGCGAAGAAAAAGACCAACGCGGAGAUGCUCUACCUGCCCUACAGCGAGGAAAACCUCUACAUAGCUAAAAAAUUGGAACACAAAAUGAACAAAUACGGGGGAAGGCUUUACGCACACAUGGCCAAAGCGCUGGACGAGAAGAAAAAGGAAAUAAUCAAAAUAAUUUCCCACGAUGUGAAGGAGCAUCGGAGGUACUACGAGUGA